CCGCCUCGCCUCCGCCUCCGCCUCCAUGGCGAACCUCCCCACCCAGACCCAGGCCACCGCCGCAGACACCUCCGGAUUCAAGCUCUUCGGCCAGGUCAUCCAGCCCGACGCCCACCACGCCUCCGCCUCCACCUCCACGGAAGAGAGCACCCCGCCUCCGCCGGCUCCUCCUCCUCCCCAGCCGACGACGCCCGUGCAGGCGCAGGCGGCGGCCGGGGGCGAGCCGCUGCCGUGCCCGAGGUGCGGGAGCAGGGAGACCAAGUUCUGCUACUUCAACAACUACAACGUGCGGCAGCCGCGCCACCUCUGCCGCGCCUGCCGCCGCUACUGGACGGCCGGCGGCGCGCUCCGCCGCGUCGCCUCCGCGUCCCCCAGCCGCCGCAGGCCCCGGCCCAGCGCCCGAUCGGUCGCCGCCGCGGCCGCCUCCGCCUCCGCCUCCGAAGAAGCCGCGGCGGAGAGCGUUGACUCGCGGUCGUAGGCGUGCUGGAACGCUCCGCUGCUUCCGGGAACGGGCCAAACGCGUCAGAGACCACCACCACUUUUCCGCUUUUUGGCUCUCUUUUCUUUUCUUUCAUUUGGGUAGUUAUUAUUGAGAAGAUAGGUUCCAUUUCGAUACCAUUUUAGGAUUCUUUUUGGUGGCCGCAAGGAUGCCGCCACGGCCAGCAUCGAAAGAGAUAUGAAUGAAAGAAACAAAAAUGCUUGGGUA